GCUAAAUCCCAUUACCAAUGGAGAGAAGUUUGAUAUUGGCCUUGGUUCUCGUUCUCAGCUCGACAAUGGCCGUAGCGCCUUGCCGAGGCUACUACUCCGAUGCCGAGCCAUACGUUCCGCCUCCGGAGAAAGUAACACAUCUCCACUUCUUUUUACACGACACGGUAAAAGGCGAUAGCCCUAGUGCAGUCUUCGUAGCACGACCCAACAUGACGACCGCCUUCAGCAACACACUGCUUCCAUUCGGCAUCGUGGCUGUGGCCGAUGAUCCGCUCACCGUCGGUCCCGACAUAACGUCGGGGGUUAUUGGAAACGCUCAAGGUCUAUGGGCGUCGACCGGCCAAGACGUUUUGACACUUAUGGUCUACAUGGACUUCGGGUUCACGCAUGGUGAAUUGAAUGGUAGUUCCAUCAGUAUGUUCUCGAGGAAUCCAAUCACCGAACCGGUGCGCGAGGUUGCGGUGGUCGGAGGGAGAGGGAAGUUCAGGAUGGCACAAGGGUUUGCACAGCUUAAGACUUAUUUUUUUAAUUCUACAAAUGGGGAUGCUAUUGUUGAAUAUAAUGUAACUGUGAUUCAUUACUAA